CCGCCCUUUCCACUCUAGAACUCUCUCCCACUCCGGACCCUCUCCCGUUAUUCUCAAACCCGCGCUCCCGACGGUCGCCCUGAACCCGCGACGGUUCUCCUCCCCUCUCUGCCCCCCUCUAUCCAAAGAAAGAAACCCUAGAAGGGCGUUUCUUUUCGCCGCCGCCGCUAUGCUUCCCUUCUCCGUCGCCGUCUCCAACCAGAUUCGUCUCCUUCUGCAGAGCUUGAACGAUUCCAACUUCGAUUCGAUCUUUUGCGAGCUGUGUCAGUUUGCAGAAUAUGGAAGUGAAGGCACCAUUUUGUUGGUCCAAACAUGCUUAGAUCAAGUGAAGUUAAGUAGUGAAGAGGUUCAGAACCUGCAGCUGGAACGGAAUCUUGUAUCUGCCAUUUUUAAAUUUUUGCUGGAUAGACCAUAUUUCAGCACAGUUUUUAGUGAAUCAUUAAAAGGUACACUGAUGGGUGAAGGCUUUCUAAAAGAUCUUUCAAGUACAUUAAAUCUUUCAGAAGCGGAGAAAGUUGGCAUCGGACUUGCUCUGUCUGAUUCAGAAAUUCCAGAUUUGAAAAUGAGAGGGCAAAAUUUCUGUGUUUCUCAGAUUGAGGAACUAUGUGCAAAUCCAUCUUCCAUUCUCUCCGAUGAGCGAAUUCAGGAUAUUGUUAUGUUUCUUUAUCAGUCUGAGGGCCUUUCCAAGCAUAUUGAUUCUUUUACCAAAAUUGUGUCUUUAUUACAGCUCAAAGAUAGCACUUCCUUUCUACCGACCACAAUUCUUACAAAUGAUAUAUCUGUGGUUAACUCUUGGAGGCAUUCAGAUCUAUUCUCUGGAUGCUAUUGUAAUGAUUUUGAGUCUGUUUUAGCGGAGAUAGAGAAGGAAAUGAACAUGGCUGAUGUUAUGACAGAAUUGGGCUAUGGGUGUACAAUUAACACUUCACAUUGUAAAGAGAUGCUCUCUCUUUUUCAUCCCCUCAAUGAAGUGACACUUUCUAAGCUUCUUGGUACAAUUGCUCGUACUCAUUCUGGUCUCGAAGAUGCUCAUAGCACAUAUGCAACAUUUUGUGCGGCUGUUGGUAGCAGCUCAGAAAGUGAUUCCUCAUUAUUGAAUUCAUGGAAUGUUGAUGUCCUUGUAGAUUCAAUUAAGCAACUUGCUCCAGAGACAAAUUGGACACAUGUCAUGGAAAACCUAGAUCAUGAGGGCUUUAAUAUUCCUGAUGAAAAAUCAUUUUAUCUUCUAAUGUCUAUAUAUUCUAAAGCGUGCCAGGAUCCGUUUCCUCUCCAUGCUGUAUGUGGGUCUGUUUGGAAGAAUGCUGAAGGCCAAUUAUCUUUUUUAAAAUACGCUGUGUCUGCACCACCUGAUUUAUUUACAUUUGCACAUUGUUCAAGACAACUGACAUUUGCUGAUUCAUCAUAUCUGAUGAGCAAACAAGGAAACCGGGCAUGGCUCUGUCUAGAUCUUUUGGAGGUUUUAUGUCAACUUGCUGAAAGAGGCCAUGUCAGUUCAGUUCGACUGAUGCUUGAACAACCUCUUGCUCAGUGUCCUGAGUUCUUACUAGUUGGAGUUGGUCACGUAAAUACGGCAUAUAAUCUCCUCCAGUAUGAAGUAUCUUCCACUGUAUUGCCUGUGAUAUUAAAAGAUUCUACAAAGAAUGGCAUCAUCCAUCAUCUUUGGUGUGUUAAUCCGAACCUUGUCCUUCGAGGAUUUGUAGAUGCACAUACUGAUCCCAGUAAUCUUUUAAGAAUUCUGGACAUUUGUCUGGAGCUGAAGAUUUUAUUACCAGUAUUAGAUGCAACUCCAUUUCCGUUCAGCAUUAAAUUGGCUGCAAUUGCUUCUCAGAAGGACCAGAUAAAUCUUGAGAAAUGGUUAAAUGAACAUUUGAGUGUAUAUAAAGAUGCUUUUUGUGAGGAUUGCUUUAAAUUCUUAAAAGAAGUGCUCAGUAAUGAGGCAAAUGAUGUUCCAGAUAGUUCUGUUCAACAACACCGAGCUGCUAUUCUGAAUGUUUACCAAGAAACGUGCUCUACAUUCUUCAAGGUUCUUCAAGCUCAUUCUGGGCAGCUUAUUUCUCACCAACUCGUUGAAGAAAUAAAGAGGCUGCAUGUUUCAUCUAAUCUAAAGAUUCAAAAUGCUGUAACAACAGAUGCAACAACUUCUGAUGGAAGCUCAGAUGCUAUAGAGGCAGAGGCAAACACCUACUUCCAUCAAAUGUUCUCAGGACAGUUAUCCAUUGAUGCAAUGGUUCAAAUGCUCGCAUGCUUUAAAGAAUCAUCUGAUAAGAGGGAGCAGAUGAUAUUUGAUUGCAUGAUUGCAAAUUUAUUUGAAGAGUACAAGUUCUUUCCCGAGUAUCCAGAUAGGCAACUAAAAAUAGCUGCUGUGCUCUUUGGUUCUAUUAUAAAGCACCAGCUUGUGACUCAUCUUACGCUUGGUAUUGCUUUGCGUGGAGUUCUUGAUGCAUUGCGUAAAUCUGUUGAUUCAAUGAUGUUUAUGUUUGGAACCAAGGCCUUGGAGCAGUUCAUGGAUCGCUUGGUACAAUGGCCACAAUACUGCAACCAUAUAUUGCAGAUAUCCCAUUUGCAUGGGACUCAUGCUGAAUUGGUUUCUGCCAUUGAACGGGCACUUGCAAGAACUUCGUCCAGUCUGUCAGAGUCAACUUGUGGUAACUCUCUUUCUACUGAUGAGCAACAAGGUUCUGGACCAGCUUCUGUAGAAAGCGUGGAGGCAUCUGAGGCGUCAUGGCAAUUGAUGGGAUCAGCCUCCACGCAGUUGGGGCGGCAAAUUUCUUCUUUGCAGCUACAAAAAAGCUCUACAAUGUCUGCUAAUUCAAAACCCCUUUUAUCACAUACUUCACAAUCUGCAAUUGUUUCUGCACAUAUUGAUUCUGCUGCUAAUCAAAAGGCAACUGUUUCUCAAUUUUUGCAAGCCACAAAUUCUCAUCAUUCCACUGGUGUGACAACUGCUGUUUCAUCCUCCUCUAGUUUUGUACGUGCUCGAAGUAUUGCACCUGCAGGCAUGCUUCGGCAACCUUCUUACAGCAUAGGAUUUGGGGCUGCCUUGAACAUUGAAACACUUGUUGCAGCAGCUGAAAGAAGAGACACUCCAAUAGAGGUUCCUGUGCCAGAAGUUCAGGACAAAAUAUUAUUCAUGAUAAAUAACAUUUCAACUUCAAAUAUGGAUGCUAAAGCAAAAGAAUUUAGUGAGGUUCUCAAAGAGCAGUACUAUCCUUGGUUUGCACAGUAUAUGGUGAUGAAGAGAGCAAGCAUUGAACCAAAUUUUCACGACAUGUAUUUGAAGUUCCUAGACAAAGUUAACUCAAAAUCACUUAAUAAGGAACUUGUUAAAGCUACUUACGAGAACUGCAAGGUGUUAUUGAGAUCCAAUCUUAUAAAGUCAAGUUCAGAAGAGCGUUCCUUGCUUAAAAAUCUUGGUAGCUGGCUUGGGAAGUUCACAAUUGGUAGAAAUCAAGCAUUACGAGCCAAAGAUAUAGAUCCGAAAGUUUUAAUAAUGGAGGCAUAUGAAAAGGGAUUGAUGAUUGCGGUGAUUCCAUUUACCUCUAAGAUUCUGGAACCAUGCCAUUCCAGUUUAGCGUAUCGACCUCCAAAUCCAUGGACCAUGGGCAUCCUUAGUUUACUUGCUGAGAUAUAUAACCUGCCAAACCUCAAAAUGAACUUAAAAUUUGAGAUUGAGGUUUUAUUUAAGAACCUGGGUGUGGACAUGAAAGAAGUUAUGCCAACUUCACUUCUUAAAGAUAGAGUUCGUGAAGUGCGGGGGAAUCCAGAUUUUUCAAACAAGGAUGUGGCUGCCUCCCGGCCACCAGUCAUUGCUGAAGUUAACUCAGGCGUUAUGCCAACACUGAGUCAUGUUGAGAUGCAACCUGAUGUCAACAGUACAUCUCAUCCAGCAAGCCAUCCAAAUAUACUGGCUCAGUAUACUUCUCCCCAUCUUGCUUCAAAUACCAUGGUGGAGUAUGACAAAGCUGGAUGUUUAAUCGUACCUGAACAUGUUCCUUCUGGUCAGGGACUAAGUCAAGUUACACAAUCACCAUCACCAUUUUCUCUAAGCCAGCUUCUGACAAUAAUUCCAAAUUCUGAUUCGUAUAUUAAUAUCAAUCCCAAACUUAGUUCUAUCGGUUCACAGUUGCAAUUUCACAGAAUUAUUCAAGCUGCUAUGGAUAGGGCCAUCAGAGAAAUUGUCUCUCCUGUCAUUCAGCGAAGUGUUACAAUAGCUAGUCGGACAACUAAAGAACUUGUUCUAAAGGACUAUGCUAUGGAGUCAGAUGAUGGUAUUAUAUCUCGUGCGGCACAUUUAAUGGUUGGCACUUUAGCUGGAAGUUUAGCUCAUGUCACAUGCAAGGAACCUCUUCGUGCUGCUCUAUCAAGUCACCUUCGAAGUCUACUUCAGACCUUAAAUAUUACUAGUGAACGAAUGGAGCAGAUUAUUCAGAUUCUUACAACCGAUCAUCUGGAUCUUGGCUGUGCAUUGAUUGAAAAUGUUGCAUCAGAAAAGGCUGUGGAGCUGAUUGAUGGUGAGAUAGGUCCCUCAUUUGCUGCACUAAGGAAACAGAGGGAGACAUCUGGCUCUGCUUACUAUAAUGCCGGUACCUAUGCUCAAGGUCCAUUUGCGCGUGUGCCAGAAUCACUUCGCCCUAAGCCUGGACGACUGUCCCUUGCCCAACAGCAAGUCUACAAUGACUUUAUCAAGAAUAUAUGGCAAGAUCAAUCUAGUCAAAAUUCAAGUGCUGUGUCUUCUGGUCCACCUGGUUUGGCUGGUAGCUCAAGCAACCCUAUCCUGCCUCGUAUUUAUGCUUCAAGUUCAGCCCCACUGAAUUCCAAUGCCUACUUAACUUCACAAGUAGCUCCAUUCAGAUCAAUAGCUGAUCCCUUGGAUAUGAUUGCAGAAGAAUCAGAUCAUGGUUCAACACAACUUCUUAGUUCCUCUCCAUCUCAUAUUGGGGCAGAUGAUAAUGUUAUCCAACAUGGUGGCCGAAUUGAUUCCGUUGCAGUGUCAUUUCCUGCUACUGCUACUUGCGCUGAUCUGCAGGUGGAAAGAUCGCCUGUUACCAAAGAACUGGGAUCUGUAGUACCACUAUCACCGACGACUUCUGCUGCAGAUCGACUGGGAACUGUAUUACCUGAAUCAAUGUUGAAUACUGGAGAUGUGUUGGAUAAAUAUCAACAAGUUGCACAAAAGCUGGAAGCCUUGGUUGCUAAAGAUGACAGAGAUACUGAUAUUCAGGGAAUUGUUGCUGAGGUUCCAGAUAUCAUACUCAGAUGCGUUAGCCGAGAUGAGGCUGCACUGGCUGUUGCUCAGAAGGCUUUCAAAAGUUUAUAUGAGGAUGCAUCAAAUGGUACUCAUGUUGCCUCCUACCUAGCAAUUCUUGCUGCCAUACGAGAUGUUUGCAAGCUUGUUGUCAAAGAACUAACAAGCUGGGUUAUAUACUCAGAUGAGGAGCGUAAGUUCAAUAUAGACAUAACAAUUGGUCUUAUUCGAUCUGAGUUGCUAAAUCUUGCAGAGUACGAUGUCCAUCUGGCAAAACUUAUUGAUGGAGGGAGGAAUAAAGUUGCUAUGGAGUUUGCGAUGUCCAUUGUCCAAGCAUUGGUUGUUCAGGGAACUGUAGUCAGCACAUCAGAACUGUACAAUGUCAUGGAAACCUUGACAAAGUUAGCGCUGAGGCCGGGUUCGCCAGAGUCAUUGCAGCAGCUAGUUGAGAUUGCCCGAAAUAGUUUGAACACUGCACCCAAUUUUACUGCUAGCGAGAAAGCCAGGCAGUCUAGGGAUAAUAAAAAGAUACUUUCUGGUCGUUUCUUGCCAAAUAGAGAGGAUUAUAAUGCUAAUGAUCCUACAGUGGCAGAUCCUGCUGGUUUCCGAGAUCAGGUUGCUGUUCUCUUUGGUGAUUGGUGUCAGAUUUGUGAUCUUCCAACUACAAACGAUUCGGCAUAUAGUCGUUACAUCUCACAGUUGGAACAAAGUGGUCUGCUUAAGGGCGAUGAUAUCACAGACCGGUUCUUCCGUAUUCUGAUGGAACUUUCUGUUUCACUUUGUAUACUCCCUGAGCAAGUCAGUUCUCCAGGCUUAGUGUCACUCCAGUCAGUUCAGCAAUUACAACAACUCCAGCAGCUCCCCUACUUUUCCAUUGAUUCAUAUGCAAAGCUUGUGGCACUAGUUCUGAAGUACUGUUCAGUGGAUCAAGGAUCAAGUAAAGCUAUUCUUCUCCCCAGGAUCCUGUCAGUUACUGUAAGAGUCAUCCAAAAAGAUGCAGAAGAAAAGAAGCUGUCUUUCAACCCAAGGCCAUACUUCAGGCUGUUUAUUAACUGGCUUUUGGACCUUGCUUCUCCAGACCCUGUCCCUGACGGUGCUAACUUUCAGGUGUUGACUUCUUUUGCAAAUGCUCUCCAUGCUUUGCAACCCAUGAAGGUUCCUGGUUGGAGCUUUGCAUGGCUUGAGUUGUUGAGCCACAGAAACUUCAUGCCAAAAUUGCUGAUGUGCAAUUCGCCCAAGGGUUGGCCAUUUUUCCAGCGUUUGCUUGUUGACUUGUUCAAAUUUAUGGAGCCCCACUUGAGAAAUGCUGAGCUGGGAGAACCAGUUCGCUUUCUGUACAAAGGCACACUGCGGGUGCUGCUUGUACUGCUUCAUGAUUUCCCUGAAUUUCUCUGUGAUUAUCACUUCAGUUUUUGCGAUGUGAUCCCUCCUAGUUGCAUUCAAAUGCGCAAUGUUAUUCUCAGUGCUUUCCCUCGCGAUAUGAGGCUUCCUGAUCCUUACACUCCCAACUUAAAGGUUGGUCUUCUAGCUGAAAUUAGCCAAUCCCCACGCAUUUUAUAUGAUGUUGAUAGUGCUCUCAAAGCUAAGCAGAUUAAGGCUGAGAUUGAUGAGUAUCUCAAGACAAGAUCGGAAGGAUCUCCCUCUUUAACCGAACUGAAGCAAAGAUUGCUGCUUCCCCAAAAUGAGGCAAACCUGGCGGGGACCCGUUACAAUGUACCUCUGAUCAACUCACUUGUGCUUUAUGUUGGCAUGCAGGCUAUACAACAACUGCAGAGCAAGUCUACUCCUCAGCAUGCACCUGCACAGCAAAUGACCCAUAGCCCUCCGAUGGAUAUUUUUCUAGUUGGGGCAGCUAUGGAUAUAUUCCAGAGCCUAAUAAAAAACUUGGAUACAGAAGGCCGCUACCUCUUUCUUAAUGCAGUUGCCAACCAAUUGCGCUACCCAAACAACCAUACACAUUACUUCUCGUUUGUCCUUCUGUACUUGUUUGCAGAGGCAAACCAGGACAUCAUCCAGGAGCAGAUAACACGGGUGCUGUUAGAGCGCUUGAUAGUUCACGGUCCUCAUCCAUGGGGUCUGCUUGUCACUUUCAUCGAGCUGAUCAAGAAUCCACGGUACAGCUUCUGGAACAGGUCAUUCGCACGCUGUACGCCAGAGAUUGAAAUGCUAUUUGAAGCAGCGUCAAGAUCUUGUGGCGGGCCAAAAGCUAUGGACGACGGAAUGGUCUCUAGCGGCAUCUCUGAUGGUAACCAUUGAACCGCACCACAGACUAGGUGCAACUCUUUGCACCAAAUAGACAUGUCUAUACUUCUUUGGAUGGCAUUAUGUUGAUGAUGUAUAUAUGUACAUUAGAUGAAUUAAAUGAAUAUCUCCUGGUAUAAUUGUCGUUUUACAUUUGCCUGUCAA